AUGGAAGAUGACUAUCCUGGAUUGUGGUAUCUUGACACAAGGUGCUCAAAUCACAUGAGUGGCCAUAAAGAUUGGUUUGUAAGUAUUGAUGAGAAGGUGAAAAGGAAAAUCAGAUUUGCAGACAACAACAUAGUAACAGCUAAAGGAGUUGGCAAGAUCUUGAUUCAAAUAAGGGAUGGCAAACAAUCUUUCAUAUGUGAUGUGUUGUAUGUGCCAAAUAUGAAGAACAAUUUGGUAUGCCUUGGACAAUUGCUAGAGAAAGGAUACUAUAUGAAUAUGGAGAAUAGAAAAAUAAAGAUGUUUGAUAGUGCAAAGAGGCUUAUGUUGAAGGCACCAUUGUCCAUGAACAGAACCUUCAAGAUUGAGAUCCAGAUCAAUGAAAAUCAGUGUCUUGCUGCAGAAAUCAAGAGGGAAGACUGGUUGUGGCACCAGAGAACAUUGCAUGAAGUGACUGCACCAUACACUCCCCAACAUAAUGGCACUAUUGAAAGGAGAAACAGAACUAUAGUAAACAUGGCCAAAAGCAUGUUGAAGGGGAAAAAAUGCCUCGUAGAUUCUGGAAGGAAGCAAUAUCAACUGCAAUCCAGCCCAGGCAUACCAACUAGAUCAACUAGCAGUGCAAUAGCGGUUGAACUAGUUGAAGAUCAGCCAGCAGAUGCAGCAAAUCAACCAACUUUUGAACCUGUGACGAGAUCUGCAAAAGCUAGGCAGCCUUUAGUCAUAUUGCAACCAUAUGAAGUUGCCACGUACAAGGCCAGACUUGUAGCAAAUGGAUUCUUUCAAAAACAUGGGUUGGACUAUGAUGAGCUACAAAGGUUGGUCUAUGCAUCAGCUGUUAAAUCAGCCUUCCUAAACGAAUCACUAUAUGAAGAGGUGUAUGUGAAACAGACACCUGGAUAUGUGAAAACAAGCAAAGAAUAUCAUGUGUACAAAUUAAAUAAAGCCUUAUAUGGCCUGAAAUUUGAAAAGUGUGUGAAUGAGCAUGGAGUUUAUGUUAAGAAGGGAGCAGCAACACCUGCACUACUUAAAUGUCUUUAUGUUGAUGAUUUACUGCUGACUAGCAGUGAUGAAGUGAAAAUCAAGGAGUUCAAAAUCAGAAUGGAGAAGGAAUUUGAGAUGACUGAUUUGGGCAUGCUGGCAUAUUUCCUUGGUAUUGAGUUUGAAACCAAGAAAAAUGGAAUUUUUAUACAUCAAAAAAGGUAUGCAAGUGAUGUAUUAAAAAGGUUUAAAAUGCAAGAAUGCAAUGGAAGCAGCACUCCAUUAGAAUCAGGGCUGGUGUUGUCCAAAGAGGGCAAUAAUGAGUUGAUUGAUCCUACAACCUUCAAGCAAAUUGUGGAAUCCCUAAAGUACUUGUGCAACACUAGGCCAAAUAUCUCAUAUAGUGUUGGGCUGAUUAGUAGGUACAUGGAGAAGCUUAUGACAUCACACUACAUGGCAGAAAAAAAGAUAUUGAGAUAA